AUAAAGCAUGUUUCGUCUAGUCGAGCUACGAGGUUUCCAUGCAUAAAAGGGAAGGGGUAGCACUCUAGUUCUAUUAGUUUGCCACACCAGAACAAGUUAUUUUCUUUGGCGCCACACGACCCAGUUGGUAGCCAAUUCGAGUUUUAAGCUUUUCUUCACAGGGAAUCAACUGCUCUUUAGACCUCCCGCCGCUUUCGUCCUUGACAAUGCGCGCAUAUGAACUGUCUAAGCAACGCCCUUGUCGUAGUGAGAACCAACAACAGCUUCCAAAUAUGGAAGUGGUGUAUGUCUAUGGCAGAAAAGUGCAACAAUAUGCGUCAACUCAAAGCUAUCCACGCCAUUUACAUUACCCUCGGUCUUCAACGCAACACUUACGCCGUCAGCAAGCUCCUCGAUUUUUGUGCCCUUUCAAAUUCCGGCGACCUUUCCUACGCCUCACGGAUCUUUGCCCAGGUUCAGACUCCCAAUGCGUUCCUCUACAACGCCCUUAUACGAGCCUACUCUAGCAGCCCACAACCCCAAGUUUCCCUCAAUUACUUCAAUCUCAUGGUACAAACCAGUAACGCUGCGGCUCCUGAUAGCUUCACAUUUCCCUUCCUUCUCAUCGCUUGCGCUAACGGUCCUUUGGAAGUGGAGGGUAAACAAAUACACAGUUGGAUAAUCAAGAAUUCCUUUUCUGCGUCAAAUGCACAUGUACAGACUGCAUUAAUUCGGUUUUACACGAACUGCAAAGCAUUGGAUGAUGCUCGUAAGGUGUUUGAUGAAAUUACUGAUAUUGAUGUUAUUCAAUGUAAUGUUCUUAUGAGUGGACACCUUCAAAGCGGACUAGCAAAGGAGGCAUUGAGUAUUUUUCAAGAUAUGUUGGGGCGUGGAGUUGGUCCAGAUGAGUACUGUGUGACCACAGCACUUGGGGCCUGUGCUCAGUUGGGUGCUCUUGAGCAAGGAAAAUGGAUUCAUGAGCAUGUUACAAAGAGUGAGUGGUUGGAAUACGAUGUUUUUAUCGGCUCUGCUCUUGUUGAUAUGUAUGCUAAGUGUGGGAGUAUUAACCUGGCUUCUGAGGUAUUUGAGAGCAUGCCUACGAGGAAUAAGCAUUCGUGGGCGACAAUGAUUAGAGGAUUUGCUGUCCAUGGUCGUCCUGAGCUAGCAUUAAGCUGUUUGGAGAGGAUGCAGGUGGCUGAUGGGCUUAAGCCUGAUGGUGUUGUCAUUCUUGCAGUUUUAGCAGCAUGUGCACAUUCAGGGCUUCAGAAAGAAGGUCAAGGUUUGUUGGAUGAGAUGGAAUCUUUAUAUGGCGUUACACCGGAACAUGAGCACUUCAGCUGUGUAGUGGACUUGUUAUGCAGAGCUGGCCGAUUGGAUGACGCACUUAAGCUUAUUAGAAGGAUGCCAAUGAAACCACGGGCCUCUGUUUGGGGAGCAUUGUUAAGUGGUUGCCGAAAUCACAACAACGUGAAUCUUGCAGAACUUGCCGUCAAAGAGAUUUUGUUGGUAGAAGAUGGCAAUGAAGCUGAAGAAGAUUCUGCUUAUGUUCAACUAUCAAAUAUAUAUUUAGCAGCUCGACAAUGUGAUGAUGCACGUCGAAUCAGGAGGAGAAUUGGUGACCGAGGGCUCAGGAAGACACCUGGAUACAGUGCAAUUGAGAUUGAUGGGAUGGUUAAUGAGUUUAUAUCUGGAGACGUUUCCCAUAUAUGUCUAGCUGACAUUCAUAAGGUGCUUGAUCUAACAUAUCUAGAUCCCCAUUUCGACAACCUAAUAUAGCAUGAACAAGUUUACUUGAGUGCCAUAUAGGACAUCAUAUUGUUGUACGGGGCAUUUAUUUGGAGACCUAUUGUUGACUUGCAGUAUCAAGCUAAAUUUGUUAUGUGUUAUAUAUCCUAGCAACAACCUCUAAUGUUUCUCAAA